UCACGCUCUUACACCAGUACACCCGCUAUAUGGGUUCGGGUCGCGUUGUUUUCGAUGGUGUUCGUCUCGAGACCGUGGUUUCGACCCAAUUUCGCGUAUUGUAGUGCGAGUUUCGACGGACACGUGAAAAAUGGGGAAUAGCUGAUCCUUGGAUCGUGCGUCGUGCUGCGGAACAACGAACGGACUGGUACGGGACGCGUGGUUCGCGCGAAUCCGAGAGGUAUCGCUCGGCCUCGAAGAAGCUGUCAAUCGUUUCCGCCGCUACUCUCGCUUAUCCGAAUCUCUGGACAGGUGUCACCGGGAGAAGUGAACAGAGAGAGGGAGAGAGAGAGAGACGCGCAGAGGCGAACGCGGAAAUUCGACGUCCGAAACACGUCUCGGUGGAAGGGGUUGAAGAGCGACGGGUGGAGGUAAAUGUGAGAUUAAAGCGGAGCGCGCGCGGAUCGGCGAGGGACGACAAAAGCGGACGUUUCGCGCUUUGCCGGACACACAAAGGUGGCGGCGGGCGGCACAGAUAUUUCGCAGCGCACAUGGACAACGGGGGAGAGGGGGCGCAUGGCGCGUCUGUGAGGCGCGAAUAAAGACAGUAACAAAGCCGUGGAAAAUACGGCCGUGCCGUGUCGUGCCGUGCGCUCGCGCGAUUUUAGGGAGACGCGAACUGUAAAAAAAAAGAAGAAAAAUGAAACGGACAAAGGGGCCGGGGAAAUGAUAAGCGGAAGAGAGGCGUCGUCGGCGAAGAAAGGAAACGUUUGAAUCCGGGAUAAAUGAGAAGGAGAGAGAGAAACAGCGAGACGAGUGCCGCCCGAUCGAGAGAGGAGAGCGAGAGAGCGAAAAGAGGUGCCGCGGAAAGGACAACGGUCUGUACACCCAGCGGAUCACGAUGCGCCGGGGAACGGACGCGGGGGGAGAAUAGGAGCGGAGCGUGGAAAACUGGUGUUUAGGAUAGGCGCGAUAGCGAGAGAACUCGUGAAAGCAAAAGGGAAGGCGGCUCGGAGUCCGAUGUGCAGUGUCGUACGAUGGCCGGGGCCCUGUCCGAGAAUGCCCCGAGACCCGUCAGUGUCGUCACAGUAGGGGGCGCGACGGCAGACACCCCGAGGACCAACCAGCUCGGCGGGCCACAGGAGCCGCGAGAGAAUGGCCGGUCGUUCACGUCGACGGAAGCCCAGACGGAGCUGGCGUUGCAAAGCGGUCCAGAGGCGCUUGAGGAUUUGGACGGUGUCCGGGGCGCGCGUAGAAGAGAGAGGCGGUUGCGCAGGCAACAUCGGCGAGCCUUGAGGUCCUGUUCGAUGCCACCGUCUUAUCCGGGAACGUCGCCGGGAUGCCAAGCCUCGACCGCGCCCGGGGUGCCGUUGGUGACGCCGCCGAGGGGAUUCCUGCACCCUCCGCCGCCGCAUCUGGGUCUUAGGGGGCUCAGCCUCGGGCUACCUUUCCCUGUCUCGACCAGCGUCUCUGCUUUUGGCAGGGACGCAGUGCCGAAGCAAUGUUGCGGCCUUGGUUCUCCACCUGUACGCUGGUCCAUUCUGGGCGUGGGCGUAGUGGGCCUUGUAUGCGCGGGUGCUGGCGCUCUGCUGGGGGCCCUAAGGGCUUCGGGCCGCGAUCACAUUGCCGUUGCACUCCUCAUGAUCGGUAUAGGAGUGGUUCUGGUAACUGUGAGCGCUGUAGCGUGGCGAGUGACCAGUCGAGAAAAUUGCGGUAGUUUCUUUGGUUUCACGGGGAUCUCGGGCAGGAUCCCGCCAGCGAGGCCGAUCCAUCCGUACGCUGCCAUGAUCUAUCCGGAGUUCCAGUUCAGAACGCCGCCGCCGAGCUAUCAGGCGAGCAUGCAAGAGUACAGGCUGCGACUACUUCUGCUGGACCGUUUGCAGCCGACGUCGUCGCCACCGCCGACCUACAGGUCCAACGCCGGCAGUAUAGUGACUCCGGGCACGACCAGAGAAAGCAGACCGCCGAGCUAUUGCGCCAGAUCGAACGUCGCAUCGAGCACGAACAUGGCGCCGUCGAAGAAGGACGCGAACUUGGUCAGGAUCGUGCAGACCGAGUCCGAGCCGGUGAUCCUCAGCGGCGACCAGACGCCCCCCGUCGCAGCCGUCGAGGUGCUGGCGCACCUCUGAUCAUGCUUCCGUUGUGAUUACGCUAUCUUCCUUCGCUAUCGCGCGAACAGCCGUCGUCCGAACGACGGGAGACGUUUCUUUUGCGAACGGGAUCACUCGCAGUGCAAUACCACCCUGUCAUUUUAGGGUUCCUCUACCACCAACUCUGUUGGUAGUCCUCCACCGAUCCCGACUUAGCGGUCGGGACGCUUCCGGUUUGCCAAUUUUCGCGGCCAAUUCUGAACGCGGGCUGUGUCUGCCUUGUCGGGGCUGAACGAUCUGCGAACGUUUUGACGGCCUGGACGCGUGUCCUUGGAAGCACAUGGCUUUGGUUUGAACAUGACCGCGGUCUUCGACGCUAGAUUUACGGAGCAGCUGUUUCAUGUAUUAGUUUGUCAAAUUAAUAAGACAUUUAUUCCGAUUUUUGUCUGUUGUAAUAUUCGCCGCAAGCGACGUGUAUAUUGAAUAAAUAACUCGUGAAUGUAUGUUAACAAUCCGAACGAUUGUUAAUUAAAUAACCAGCGAUCCGCGCGCGCGACGUUUUCACGGAUUCCGUAAACCCAGCGUCGAAGAUCUGUGCAGACUGUUGUAUGCAAAAGUGUAUCGUUUCGGGCACAGACUGGCAGGCCUUUAUGCGAAUUACUGUUCUCGUACUCGAACGGUGACGAGCCGAAUAUUUCUUUCAUCGACUAAAAGGAUUUAAUAAUGGUAGGGGUUCGAUGUCUUGUUCUCUAGCGGUUUAGCGGGAAUACGUCUUUUGAAGUUCGCUGUUGCUCUUUGCUCUUUGAAACUUGUAACGUUUAAAGUGUUAAACGAUAAUUGUCCUAUUUAGUGUUCAAAGAAAGCGUGCCUGUUUCCAUAGACAUAGUUUGGGGAAAUGGCGCGCUAAACCAGGGCCAGGGCCGUCAAAGUGCAGAGACAUCGGCUGCGCGAUUCGAGAUAUUGCAUACGUCGAUUAAUGCCUGCGGUGUCCAGCAGGAAUUCGGAUAAUUCAAUCCGUGAACGAAGCGCAGCCUGUAAUAUUAACAUUUCUACUUAGGUACAAGGUAUGGAACAUACAUUUGAUCAUGCAAGAAUUUUCUGCACGAAAUUUCAACCUUGCCGAAGAGGGUAGUUGCGAGGGAAAAUCGAAUUAUUGGUUUUCUGGUCGAUUUUCCCGCUCAAUGAUUUUUUUGGCAGAAAGGCUCGAUUUCAAGAAACGAGAAACUUCCUGGAGUCCAAAAAAGAAACGCCGUGAAAAAAAUGGCGCGCUAUUUAUUUAUUUUUCGCGGCCUGCCGGACACCGCGCGCAUUUAAGUACCGACACCGAGAGAGCGAAAGCACGUGACGAAAAGGUGCGACCGUUUUGCAAAGUGCAUUUGCGCCGCGUGGCCGACGAUGCAGCCGUGCCAUUCGCAGGCGCUGGUAAAUCGACGCUAUUUGCGGUCGAAGCUAAUCGAGCAUCCCACGAGGCCGUGACAGUUGCGGUCGCCGGUAGAAUUAGCGGAUUUGUAAUCGUAGAACUGAUAAGUGUGUGUAACCGGUACCGAGCACGUGUUUCGAACACAUGUUUCCUCUCCGCGGGCGCUGAACGUUUUAUCUUCCGGCGUUUCAAACUACUUUUCCUUUGUGAUAAUAGGGAGACGGGGAUAAUAUAGGGUGCGUUUCAGGGGGACGGGACACGGAUCUGCGUGCGCACAAAAACACGUUGGGAAAGAUAUUUUCGCAACUGGUGAUAAAAUGACGAUAAAGACUCAGUUAAACGGGGGAACAUAGAAUUUCUUAUUCGCGUGGACGAGUAGCGAGCAAUGGAAACACGUUUGUACCAACGGGGGGUGGGAGGGAGGCCGAUGAUCUUCGUUUUCAUAAAUAGAGAGAAAUUACGGUGAUUGUUUCUUCCAUUGAUUACAGAAUUCCUUAUGAUAAGAAUAAAGUAGAGAAAUGCUAUUAAUCUUUAUACUAGAUAUAUGGAUUAUAUAUGGAUUUGAUUAUAAAAUAAAUCAUAAGGAUCGUAUGUGGGAACCAUUUUAAAGCUAGCGUGCGACUACGUUCUACAGGCUUCGAAGGAGAACAGUUUACUGUUUUGAACAAAUUACGAAGUGCUUGUGAUAAGAGAAAUAUUUCUUUCACCGACUACAAAAUUCCUUACGAUAAAAGUAAGAUAGAAAUAAUUCUUAAACUAGCAAAUUACUAAUAGCGAAAUAAUUAUCGUGGAUGUGGUCAUAAGGCAAGGGGGAUUAGCGCGGAAGCCAUCUUGAAAUUAGCGUACAUUGCAUUCUAGACUUCAAAGCAAACUCUUCACUGUUUCAAAUUACGAAAUGCUGUACGUACACAACUCUAUUUGGGCGUACAAACGUUUCCAUUGCUGGCUAAACAUGAAAAGUAUUACUUCCACUCAUUAUAGUAUUACUUGCUAGUAUUAAAACCCUGUUGUACUCCAUUGGCCACUAGUGUCGAGAUUGUAGAUUAAAGCAUCUUUCAGCUGGGUUAGAUAGAGACAUUCCUGGUCUCGUUGGAGUUACGGAAUUUCAAUACUCAGGGGGUGUAAUUACAUCCCGCCUCGAGAUUAAAUCCACCAUUGGGGCCAGAGCCUUAGGUGACGACACUCCGAGGUUAUUAUCUGACAGAGCUAAUUUCUUCUUUUCUGGGUACUACGUUUCUGACAAUUCUUUCCAAUUUUCUACUUUAAUAAUUUCUUGUUUCUCUCGUGCAAUGAUUCUGCGGCAAUUAAACGUUUUUUAAUAUUUCUAAAUGUCUCAGUAUCUCGUCCGGAACGUUUAUCAUCGUUAGAAUAAGUAAAAUUUGUUUAGUUCUCGCUUCUGCAAUGUCACUGCCGACUUUCUAACCAAUUGUUUCCGAUUCAACAUCGAAACUACGAGUCUGUGAUGGUUUUAUUAGAAAAUUAGAAGCUUCGACAGACGAUCUCGUCAAUAUGGACGCACUGCCACGAUCUACAGCGGGCGAUCAAUUUAUUAUGAACACCUGGAAAUUACAAAAUAAACUUAUUUUACAAUUUUCGAAAAAUAUGUACAUAUACGCUACAGAAAAGUCUACACGUAGUAUGCUACAUAUUGCAAGAAGACAUUGUUGAACUGAAAAUUUCCAUUUUUAGUGAAAUAUAGUUAAAUUAUGUGUAUCUACGCGUAAGUAACAAAAAUUACCGAAGCCGAAAUGACAUCGAAUAUAUCAAAUGCGUGGGUUUACCAUCGUAAUAACUUGAUCACCGGUAACGUCAGUCACCCGGCCAACAGUUUCUUACUGCCACAAAGCAACGUUCGAUCCAACCAACUGCUCUGAACAAGAAAUAAUCUCGGAGUUGCAACGAUUUCAACCACUUCUUCUCGUGUCGCCGCAACCGCAAAUGUGUACCUAGUAAAUAAAAACACGGAUCUUGCGUCGAAAACAGAAAAGAAACACGGUGGCCAAACACUUCUUCAGUAUCAAGUACUUCUGUAUCAGGCAAACUGUUCAUAGUGAUUGUACCGUAGAACGAUUCCGAAACGGGAUCGCGAGACUCUAGAUAACUGAUUUCACUUUUCCUGGAUUUUACAUUGAAUUCUAAAUCUCUAUCGACGCGUACCGUCGUCCAUAAAACCGAGGACACGUGUAAAAAGAGGUCCAGAGAAACUUGUCUAUAUAUAUGAAAAAAAAA